CUUUUAACCUCCACCCUGUCUUCCAACAGUAACUUCUGUUUCGGUUUGUAGUUGUUGUUGUUUUUUCUUUGAACAAUAUGGCGGCGCCUGAAAUGCCAAACUCGUGACUUCGAAUCGUGACGUCACGGCAACGGUUGCCACGGAGGUACUGCUCAAGGAGCGAAAAUAGAAAUCAUCACUCAGUACAGGGGACUUCGUAGACCAACAUUUUGUUUCUUCCGUAACAUUUGUGAACAGGUGACAGAGAUGGCGUCCUCCAAGUGUAAGGGUUUCCCCAGGAAAAAGCGCCGCUCCGAGCCGGAUAUCGUUGUCAGCAGCCUGAGGAAGGAGAACGCCUUUCUGAAGAAGGCCCUGUUGGAGUUGUCUCGUCAGCAUUCAGAUCAUUACAAGCUAGUAGAGAGAUUAAUUUCUCUUCAAAGUGUGCGACUGGAGAAUUCUCGGCGGCUGACGGCCCGAGACGAGAAGACGACUUUGCCAUCAGAGCCGAGUGGGGAAGGAGCGCACCUGGUGGACGAAGUGAGUAUGGAGACACUGUCCGAUUACGCCCGGGAGAUUGAAGGAAUCAAGAACAAGCUUGUGAGCUUCUCAACUAGGUGUCACUAUCUUGAGAACAAAGUUGCCGGGAAGAAGGACUCAGAAUCAGAUGAAGAGGACUCCGACACUGGAGUGACAGAGCUCCAAAGUGGCCUCAGAGAUUUAUGUGCAUCUGAUUCCUUUCUUCAAUCCCCCGAGGCCUUGGAAAAGAAAAAGCAGUGGCUGGAAUAUGACCAGCAGAGAGAGGUCUAUGUUAGCUCAGUUAUGGCCAGAAUUCUGUGGCUGGAGCAGCAGCUGAACGAAGCCAAUCGGGCCCUCUCAAAGCAGCACAAUGAAGAGCAUUCAGAUGAGAAGAAGCAAAUGCGCCAAAUGCAGGAGUACUAUGAUAGACUCUUACAGAAAGCCAAAGACGAGCUGGAGGUGCUCAGGCAGGAGGUCAACGUCACCCACCAGAACCUGACAAUAACCCAAAACUGGUGCCAGGAGAGGGAAGUGGAGUUGGAGGAGCUCAAGCAGCAGCUGCAGAAUGAAGAAUCCAGCCGACAAAGUUUGCCAGACAAGAACAAAGCCCUCCAGUACAGACUGCUUGAGGAGAGGCACAGGUCUGCUAACUCUGAGCUCCAGCAGGUGAAUCUCCUUCAGAAGUUUAUGCAAAAUCAGCAGCAGGCAGACCAGGAAAAGAUUGCAGACCUGGAGCGACAGCUCCGGAUUUCGUCAGAAGACCUUGAGGAUGCGAGGCAGGAGUGUGAACAUUUAAAGAAGCAAGUGGUCAGAGUCCUGAAGUCGCAGCGGAAGACUGAACACCAGCUCUCCAGAGACAGCCCGAAAUCAUUCAACCUGCUGGAUGAAAGCUUCUUGGAGUGUCCCGGCUGCAAAACGGAGUAUCCCGCCAGUCACCACCGAGAACUGAUGAACCACAUCGAGAUCUGUUUCGACUGAGCUGCGCCUCAGCACCUCUUCAGUUCUGUAGCUCCUGUUGACAUGGAUUGAUUUUUUGAGCCGCGCUGUUAAACCAGAAGUUCUUUAAGUUAUUUUAAUAAAGUACAGAGUUCCGUU